AUGGCAUUCAAUAGUAAAAAUUAUGGUAAAUCACAAAAUGAUGUAAAAACAAUAACAAAUUUAUCUCAACGGCAACUAACAACUGAUGACGAACAUGCACUUAAACAUGGUCUUCAUCAUGUUUAUCCAACAGGUAAAUUUGAUAAUUCUAGAUUUGUUUGUAAUACGAAACAUUUUUUAUCAAAAUUAAAUAAUUUACAAACUGAUUAUCGUCAUUAUGAACGUAAAGAUCCACAGCAACAAAUUAAACAUAAAUUAACAUCAGCUCAAUUAAGUGCUGCAGGUGAAUUACGUUCAAUAGCUAAUUCAUUUCAGAAGAAAGCUCAAUUAGAAAUGAAUAUGAAUAAUUAA